CAGUCGUUUAAACUUCGAACGUUCCAUUCGAAAUCGCGCGCGAAACGUGUUUUUCUUUUUAAUUUCUUUCUUUUUAAUCUUAAUUGAAAAAAGUGUUUUUAAGUUCACAAUUUGAAGACUUUCGGAUUAUAAUUGUGGUGUGUGUUAUUUUCAUUACUGACUUUUGGACAUUGGAAUUUAAUUGGAUUUUAUGAGCCGUUUUUAUGAUUUCCACUAACUUCUUGCAACCCCCGCGAGAUAGUACAGUUGUACGAAGCAAUUAAUCUCCUUAUGGAAUUGACAUAUGGCGCAACAGACGAACUUUUUUAAAACAAAAUGGAAAAACACCAAUUCAGAGUCAAAGAAAAUGCAUCGUUUCUUGGUAAAGGAGAUUUCAACUGCAAGAAAACUAAUGGAAAACAAGAAGAAACUUUCAAAGAGCUUUGCCAUGAAAGAAACCAACUUUUAAACGAAAAUAAAAACACAAAUACAGAUAAUGAAGAUGAAUCUUUUGAAAGACUUAUGAAAGAUGAAAAUGAUGACAAAGAUGUUGACCAAAUAGUCAAACUGAAUGACAGAGGAAUUUUAGUGGCCAGUAUAGAAAAUAACUUAAAAAAUAUAAGAAAUAAAACGACUUCGAAGCAAAAGAAGGUCACGAGUAGACGUGCCAAUUCACUGUUUCUUUUGCUAAGGAUAGUGAACAACUUUAACAUGGUAGUGAAGCUAUGGAUGGUAAUGUGUGUGUUUUGUAUUAGUGUGUGUGCGAAAGAGCAGAGAUUUGCUAUGGAACCACAGGAUCAGACUGCAGUAGUGGGAUCAAGAGUGACUCUCCCCUGUCGAGUGGUAAACAAGGCUGGUCAGCUCCAGUGGACGAAGGAUGACUUUGGACUCGGCACACAUCGGCAUCUGAUCGGCUAUGAUCGGUAUAAGAUGAUCGGAAGUGAUGAAGAAGGUGACUACUCUUUGGACAUCAGAGAAGUAACGCUGGACGAUGAUGCUCUUUAUCAGUGCCAAGUCAGUUCUGGACCUAGAGGUGAACCACCAAUCCGGUCCAGGUAUGCUCGUCUGCAAGUUCUAGUCCCUCCAGACCCCCCGAAGAUCCUGCAAGGACCAGUGCUGGAGGCUAUUGAGGACCGAGAGGUCAAUGUGGAGUGCGUGUCUAUUGGUGGGAAGCCUGCUCCUGAGAUUACAUGGAUAGAGAACGAUGGAGGUGUUCUGACCCAAGGAGUAACAUACACGGUAGACCAGCUACCAGACGGACGAAGAUAUUCAGCCAGGUCCAUAUUGCGUCUACGUCCAAGAAGGCAUCACCACAACCAGACCUUUACUUGUCAAGCGCAGAACACAGCAGACAGAACAUUCAAAAUGGCUACCGUGAAAUUAAAGGUACAAUUUGCACCAAAAGUUCGAGUGUUUGUAAAAACGAGAGCACUGAACUCGAAGAUACAGGAAGGCGAUACUAUUUCUGUUGGUUGUCAAGCAACUGCAAACCCGAACAAUUUAACUUACAGAUGGUACAUCAACAAUGAUCCAAUAGUUGGUAGUGCUGGCAAUGAAAUGAUAAUAACAAACGUUACAAGGAAAUACAACGAAGCGACGGUGAAGUGCGAGGUGCACAACGCUGUUGGAAAAAGUGCUGACACCAAAACUCUUGAAGUUACUUACGGUCCUACCUUUAUAUCAAGACCUGAGAACGUGGAAGGAGAAGCAGGGUCAACGGCAACAUUGAAGUGUUUGGUAAAUGGUCAUCCACAACCGAAGGUGCUUUGGCUUCGAUAUGACAACGAGAGAGUUAUUCGAGUCGGCAAGUCUCCAAACUUAACACUCACGAUAUCAGCACACACUGCAGGCCAGUAUUGGUGCAGAGCUAGCGUGGAGAACUACCAGGAUAUUGAAGCUUCCGCCAUGGUAUACUUAAAAGGUCCACCAAAAAUUCUAUCAAACCAAACACAGUACGGCGUAGAAGGAGACAGCGUUCGGAUUGAAUGUGUGUCCUUCUCUGUUCCUAAACCUGACUACGUUAUGUGGACUUUUGGAGGCAUGGAGAUUAAUUCCUUUCAUAAUCAGGAAUAUGCGUUUCUAGAAGAAACACUAACAGACAGAAUGAUGAAGUCUACUCUGAUCAUCCGAGAGAGCCAGACAAGACAUUUUGGCACGUAUAACUGCAGUGUCAGCAAUUUGUAUGGGACAGAUAGCAUUGAAAUUCGCUUACUACCUGAUAAAACCUUCCCUAUAAUUCUAAUCAUCUCAGCGUGUGCAUCAGCAGCGAUCCUUGUCCUAAUUAUUAUGCUGAUCAUCAUGCUCUGUCAUCGAAGAACUAGAAUGUCCGAUGAGAAGAAACCUGAUAUCACUGACGUCGGGAAGACUUGUGUCGAUCAGUUCAAGGAUAGUGACAGGAGUUCCAAUAUUAGUGACCUGAAGAUGGAGCUGAGGCAAGUCGAAGGAAGCUGCGAUAUGGACCAUUCAAACGGUGGAUCGGAUACAGAACUUCACUCAACUCUGCAUCUGACCACAAAUCUUGGCCUUCCACUAGCUGGUCCUGUACCUCUGCCUGAUGCUGGUUAUGAUAAUGAAUUGAUGAAACAAUAUCAGAGAUAUAGUGGAGACUUCAAUCAGCCUAUCAAUAACUUAAAUUUUAAGCUUCACGGCCAAAGCAACGGUUACGUGCCAUAUGUAGACUAUGCUAGAGACUACGUACCUCCUGGGGACUCUCUUACUGGAUCGCUGACCAGGAGCACCGGGUCUACCUUUCCGAGCCACUGUGGGUCAUUGAACCGUCAAGCGAGUUGCGGAAGGCUGGCGGGCUUAGCAGGACCUGAUGUGAUACCCAUGGCAAAUCCAGGAGUGGUGGUGCCAGCUGGCGUUGACAUAAGAUAUGCUGCCACUUAUGGAAACCCCUACUUAAGAGGCAGUGGUCCAUUAUCUUAUGUGCAACAAAUAAGUCCAGCCAGUUCAGGAGGAAAACCAGCUCCUCCACCUUAUUAUAGUAUCAGGAAUUCAAAUUUAGCCUUGCCAGUUGCCACAUCUGGUUCUUCGCCGUCCUCUUCGUCGUCUUCGCGUCCUGUAACUAGUCCUAUGCCUUCGUCUUCGUCCACAAAUAGCGGCGCUCAACCACAAGUACCUAAGACUUCACCUUCUUCUGGGGCUCUUUACAUUCUGCCUAACCAAGGAUCAAGUCAAAUCACUACCAAAGGUAGUGGAUCUCAAACGACUGGAACUCACGUUUAAUUUGUCAAACCUUUGUAGAUAGGAAAUAAAAAAAAAUAUGUCAAAUGUUUUACUGAAUUAGAAAAAGACAAUUAUUUGGAUGUUAUAGCAGUAAAAGUGCUAGGUAGUAAAAAUUUAUGGAAUUUGAAUUAUUUUACUUCCACGCUCUAAUAGGAUUAAAUAAGUUUUGAAAUGAGCCUAAAAUGAAAAAGCUUUAAGUGUUGA